AUGUGGGAAUUCACAGCGGUAACAAUAGACACCGAGACCUUAUUUUUAAAUGUUCACAUUUUGUGUUUGUCCCUUUCUAUUACUCGCAGAAGGAAUAAAGUAAGAGGAUGCAUUUAGAUUUCAUAAAGAACAAUUGAACAAAAUGAACAAAAUGAAUGAUUGACAAACAAGACAUGAUUUGUACAAUUUCACAAACAUCUAAAUGGCGGUAACUCAAACCUACAAGACAACCACAUACCACAGAUUUAAACGAGAUGACCAAAGACACGAAGAGUUUGAAGAAAGUUCGGACUUUUUAAAGGGACAAGGAUUCUUGAUAAUUAUAUUUUUGUUGAUAAUUUUAGUAAUAGUUUCAAUAGUUAUACUUGUUAUUAUGUGCAGAAAAAGGCUUUUCCGUAGACAAAAAGAGUCGUGUACGGAAAAUAAUAUCCGAUGCCAUUGUUUUCUCAACAGAGGUUUUCAAUUAGAACAUGGUGUUUCAUCACAGAACUGUUCAUGUCAACAACCCCGUUCUGCGGAAUGUAUGCAAUGCAGAUAUUCAAUCAACAAUCAUAAUGGAUUCACGUCGAAUCCAAAUAAUGGACAAUCCUUAAGUAUUCCAUCUACCAGUUUUAGAAAUACUGCCAUACCGGGUUUUCAAGGGAGUAUUAGACAAGCGCCAAGUCCAAUACAGAAUGAAUGUGAACAAAUUGUCCAAAGUCACGCAAGACCUUCAGUUGACGAAACGGUGGCCGAUUAUUCAAACAGUGAAAACGAAGAUGAAGAAGAAACACACCCAAUUUCAAUUCCCAAUCAAGAACUAUUUGCUAAUAUUCCUCCUCAACUUUUACAAGUGUGCGAACGAAGUAAAACAAUACAUGUACAAAAUAAGGAAGUUGUAUUCAUUUCAAGAAGAGUUACCGAUAAGGGAGAUAACUUGGUAUUAGAUGGCAUGGGUAUAUCUUUGUUUGUUCCUCCUGAAGCUGUUAAAAAGAACGAAACAAAACUAAUCGUUCUGGUUUUAAAUUGGGACUUAAGUGACAACCCACACAUGUCAGACAAACAAGCAUUAGUAUCACCAGUUGUGUAUGUCGGCCCCCAUGACCUUAAAUUGGACAAACCAUGCACACUUAGUUUCAAACAUUGUUCCUUUGACCCUAGACAUAUCCAGGUGAUGAAGAGCGAAACCGAAUUAAUCGAGUCUAAAGAAUGGGUCGAACAUUGCUCCCUAAGUGAGAAUAGCGGUGCUUGUGUGGUGACACCCGACGAAUGUCAGCUUAAAAUCGACUCAUUCACCCUUUAUACGUGUUUACAGUCGCCAACAGGUUCAGAUGAUUGUAAAAAAUGGCUGCAGGUGGCUGCAUUUUCUAGUCCUUUACAAACCAGCAUUAAUCAUCAACAGGUGCGUGUUUAUUUUCUAAACAAGACACCAUGUGCAUUACAAUGGGCUAUCCAGAACGAGGCUAAGUUUGGUGGACAGUUGAUGGGUCCAGAGAAGGUUUAUCUGUUUUAUGGAAAUGCCCAAGAUAUGUUUAUUGCUCUUAGAUACUUGUCUGAUGGCUGGAAUAACGUAGACAAAGAAGUUGAAGAACAUGUUCCUUAUAUAAAUAUUUGGCAUGGAAAAUGUCCGCAUAUUACAAUGUGUUUUAAGAAAAAUUGUCGGCCUCGAGAAUUAACAUUUAAAUUAUUUUUGUAUCAAUAUACACUUGAAAAUGAAGGUGGAAAUUUUAUAGCUCACGUGACAGAAGAAAAUAAACGAGACCUUUAUUCCGGAACUGGAAAAGAAAGUGGAAAACAGGAAAUAGUAGUGACACUUCCGAGUAUGCGUAAUGAUUUGAAACAAGACAAAAAUGAGAACCGUCCUCACUCCGAACCGCAGGUUCACCUCCAUUUUACAACACCAGACGUUCGUCUUGAAAAAGUUGAACAAGCGACAAAGGACUACUAUCCACAUGACCUCAAAGUCAAACUAAAAGUUCUUUUAGAUCCACAUAGUGCUUUUGAUAGAAACUGGAAAGCGCUUGCGUCAGCGCUUGGCAAGGAUAAAUGUAUUAGAUAUUUAGAAACAAUGAAUAGUCCAACCGAAAACCUCCUUUCUUAUGCUGAAUCCGCAAAGUUGUCGUUAGAGACCUUAGCGGAUAUUUUAUCUUGUAUUCAAAGAGAGGAUGCUUCAACGCUUGUUAAAGAAUAUAUUCCACAAACAACCAGAAACGGCCGUGCUGGACACGAGUCGACUGAGAAUUCGUAUGAUUACAACAUCCCAGAAUAUCAAUGAAGUUCUACAAUAUUGAUUUGAAUUUGUAGUUAUAUUUAUAUUGUUUACUUACUGUAAUUUUGAAAUCAUCGAUAAUUUCGCGAUUAAUACAAAAUUGCAAAAAUAUAUCCCUUCGCGUAAAUUUUAUUUUAAAUUAUAAAAAAAUGAACCAAUGACAAGAAAACUGCGAUAAUAAAUCCACGCGAACAGGUUUCAAAUUAGCCAUGGCAAAAUUUCAGAUCAGAAAAAAAAACAAUUUCAAGUGUUACAGUACGUGUUAAGAUAAUUAAUUAUAAGAACUUUCAGAUUUGAAAUAGUGUACCGGUACCAUGGGUACAUUCAGAAAUUAUUUUUAUUAUUGUGACUGCCGACCAAUGGACAAAAGGGCGAGUUUUAUUAUUGUGACUGUCGACCAAUGGAAAAAAGGGCGAGUUUUAUUAUUGUGACUGUCGACCAAUGGACAAAAGGGCGGGUUUUAUUAUUGUGACUGUCGACCAAUGGACAAAAGGGCGAGUUUUAUUAUUGUGACUGUCGACCAAUGGACAAAAGGGCGAGUUUUAUUAUUGUGACUGUCGACUAAUGGAAAAAGGGCGAGUUUUAUUAUUGUGACUUUCGACCAAUGGAAAAAAGGGCCAGUUUUAUUAUUGUGACUGUCGACCAAUGGACAAAAGGGCGAGUUUUAUUAUUGUGACUGUCGACCAAUGGACAAAAGGGCGAGUUUUAUUAUUGUGACUGCCGACCAAUGGACAAAAGGGCGAGUUUUAUUAUUGUGACUGUCGACCAAUGGAAAAAAGGGCGAGUUUUAUUAUUGUGACUGUCGACCAAUGGACAAAAGGGCGAGUUUUAUAAUUGUGACUGCCGACCAAUGGACAAAAGGGCGAGUUUUAUUAUUGUGACUGUCGACCAAUGGAAAAAAGGGCGAGUUUUAUUAUUGUGACUGCCGACCAAUGGACAAAAGGGCGAGUUUUAUUAUUGUGACUGUCGACCAAUGGAAAAAAGGGCGAGUUUUAUUAUUGUGACUGUCGACCAAUGGACAAAAGGGCGAGUUUUAUUAUUGUGACUGCCGACCAAUGGACAAAAGGGCGAGUUUUAUUAUUGUGACUGUCGACCAAUGGAAAAAAGGGCGAGUUUUAUUAUUGUGACUGUCGACCAAUGGGAAAAAGGGCGAGUUUUAUUAUUGUGACUGUCGACCAAUUUAUUAUUGUGACUGUCGACCAAUGGAAAAAAGGGUGAGUUUUAUUAUUGUGACUGUCGACCAAUGGACAAAAGGGCGAGUUUUAUUAUUGUGACUGCCGACCAAUGGACAAAAGGGCGAGUUUUAUUAUUGUGACUGUCGACCAAUGGAAAAAAGGGCGAGUUUUAUUAUUGUGACUGUCGACCAAUGGACAAAAGGGCGAGUUUUAUUAUUGUGACUGCCGACCAAUGGACAAAAGGGCGAGUUUUAUUAUUGUGACUGUCGACCAAUGGAAAAAAGGGCGAGUUUUAUUAUUGUGACUGUCGACCAAUGGACAAAAGAGCCAGUUUUAUUAUUGUGACUGUCGACCAAUGGACAAAAGGGCCAGUUUUAUUAUUGUGACUGUCGACCAAUGGACAAAAGGGCCAGUUUUAUUAUUGUGACUGUCGACCAAUGGACAAAAGGGCCAGUUUUAUUAUUGUGACUGU